UAAAAGUCCAUCCUCCCCCCUCACUGAUCGCUCUUCAACCUCUUUACAAUCUUAAUACGCCUCUUGAAGAGUGUGUGUAGGAGCUCGUAAGUAUAUUUCUCCAAUAUUCCAUUCAAUUCGAGGCUUUCAGAACUGACACUCCGCUAAUAGAAUUAUCGUUGAGCCUUCUUUAAUUGAUAUCCCGCCAAAACCUCAACAAAUUUGGCCAAUUCACUCUCCAUACUCGACCUCAUUGUGUCCUUCAAUCUUUAACUGGAUUUUCGAAGUGACAAUUACCUUUGAAACUUACAUUCUAUUCCUCUUGGAGUUUGAGUCUACAAAAAUUACAACACAAUGGCCUCUACUACUGCUCUACCAAAGUCUACCGUCCUUCAAAGGACGGUUACUUCUUCCACUGCCGAAUCCUCCCCUUCAACAGCUGUCGGCUCACCCAGUGAUACCCCUAGACAGUCCCCUUCGUCUACCUCUUUGUCCUCCAUGUCAUCCCUGGGCGACGAGAUCAUUAAGACCAAGGCAACCGGAUACGGCAAGCUCAUUGAUACCUACGGAAACGAGUUCGAACUUCCGGAUUAUACUGUCAAUGAUAUCCGAAACGCGAUUCCUAAGCAUUGCUACGAGCGCUCAGGAGCACGAGGUCUGGCUUACGUGGCUCGUGAUAUCACCAGCUUGGCAAUUACCUUCUUCCUUUUCAACAGAUAUCUCACACCAGAGAAUGUUCCCUCGACCCCAGCUCGCGCUGUAUUGUGGGCUGUAUACACGAUUGUUCAGGGCUUAUUUGCCACUGGUCUUUGGGUUCUGGCUCAUGAAUGUGGCCAUCAAUCUUUCUCACCUUCAAAGGUUUUGAACGACACAACUGGAUGGAUAUGUCACUCUGCUCUCCUUGUCCCAUAUUUCUCAUGGAAGAUCUCCCACGGCAAGCACCACAAGGCAACUGGCAACAUGGAACGUGAUAUGGUUUUCGUCCCCAAGACUCGUCAAGAUUAUGCUCACCGUCUUGGGAAUUUCGUUCACGAACUUCACGAGCUCACCGAGGAAACUCCAAUUGCAACUCUCAUCCACUCCAUCAGCCAACAACUUUUCGGCUGGCCUCUUUACUUGUUCAUGAACGUCACCGGCCACAACCAUCACGAGGGUCAACAUGAAGGUCGUGGAAAAGGAAAAGUCAACAGCUUCUGGACCGUCAGUCACUUCAACCCAUCCAGUCCUCUUUAUGAAGCCAAGGAUGCCAAAUUGAUUUUGUUGAGUGAUCUCGGUAUCGCCAUCACCGUCGCCGCUCUGGUCAUGCUCACCAAGACCUACGGUUUCUACAACAUGGCUGUUUGGUACUUCGCUCCAUACCUCUGGGUCAACCACUGGCUCGUUGCUAUUACCUUCCUUCAACACACUGACCCGACCCUUCCUCACUACUCAGGCGAGAGUUGGAACUACGUUCGUGGAGCUGCUGCAACCAUUGAUCGUGAAUUUGGAUUUGUUGGUCGCACUCUUCUCCACGGUAUCAUCGAAACCCAUGUCCUUCAUCACUAUGUCAGCACCAUUCCAUUCUAUCAUGCAGACGAGGCUACCGAGGCCAUCAAACCUAUCAUGGGCCGUCACUACAGAUCCGAUACACGAGGAGGAUCUCUCGGAUUCUUGAAGAGCUUGUGGUCCAGUGCUCGUUGGUGCCAAUGGGUUGAGCCAUCUGAGGGUGCAGAGGGCGAGGGCAAGAAGGUAUUCUUCUUCCGUAACCGCAACGGUCUCGGUACACCACCAAUGAAGCUUAAGGCAUAAAUAGAGUAGACGAAGUGCUCAUAAGCUCAUAUGCUGGUGUAAGGGAUUUGCCAAAAAGUAACUGGUCGUGUGGGGAUUUAUCUGCGUUUGAUUGUUGAUUUUACGGAGGAUGGGGUGUUAAGAGGCGCAAAGACUCACUUUACACGUCUCGAAUCAUUUUGGGACAUUCGCUCACUUCAAUACACUUUAGUCAUUGCGGUGUUGGAGGAUUAAGAUCGCUUGCUUUUACUUCCCGCUUGGAGAUAGAAGUUAGAUAGAAUUAGAAAAGAGUAACUAGAAUAAGAGUCUAAAAUGAAAUUUAUGAACAA